AUGGCUGUCCGCACUCAAGCACGAGGUGGCCAUCCAUUUAGUCCCACAGUAUACCACUGGCUUUCCACCCAUGCCGUCGUGGAUGUGCCCGCUCGCCACCCUUGCGCUUCUAGAUUGCAAGCAAACCGGACUACUCAAAUUAUGGAAGCAGCCAGCGCAACCAGCGGUUUCUUCCAAGAAGUCCCCACGUUGGGCAACCAGUUUCAGGAAGAUCCGAGCAUACAACGAAUUUUAAAAUUAUUUGUGCCACAGCAUAUUCUUAACGAGGAGGGCCCAAAGAUCGAGCGAUUAUGCGAUGAAGCAUUGUCGCCACAGGUUCUGGAAUGGGUAUCGGAUGCCGAGAGAAACCAACCGUAUGUUAGCGGCACCGGAAAAAAUGCCUUCGGCGAGCCAGUAAGCUCGAAACUGGUCAUCACGGAAGGGUGGAGGAAACUCCAAGAACUUGGAUUUGUCAAUGGAUGCUCCGCCAAAGGAUACGAGCAAGGUCUUGCGCAAUACACUCGUGUGAUUCAGUACAUGCGCUCUCUUCUAUGGGAAGGUUCCAGCGCCAACACAUCCUGCCCGCAAGCGAUGCAGGACGGCGCAAGCCGACUUCUCCAACGGCAACUAACAAUCCGAAACCACAAGCUCCAGCCCAUAGAGCGCAAGGUGUUCCAGAAUGCUUUCGGCCAUCUCACUUCUCGUGACCCAGCAAAGGCCUGGACUAGCGGGCAAUGGAUGACCGAACGUCCGGGUGGUAGCGACGUCUCGCGAACCGAGACCGUGGCCACGUAUGCCCCUCUCGCCUCUUCUGGCAGGACGCCGCUUGCGAGUCCCAGCGAGGAUAUCCCGUUAGGACCGUGGAGUAUCUCUGGUUUCAAAUGGUUCUCCAGCGCCACGGACAGUAAUAUGACGAUCCUGCUAGCGCAAACAGCCCCGGAUAAGGGGCUCAGCGCUUUCUACGCGCCGAUGCGGCGUUGGAAUCCGGAUCUGGUAGUGUCUGCCUCAGGAGACAGAGGUGGUAUGGAGCUGAACGGGGUACGGAUAUCGAGGCUCAAGAACAAAAUGGGGACCAAGUCCCUUCCCACUGCCGAAUUGGAGCUGAGCGGCAUGCGCGGCUGGCUGAUUGGGGAAGAAGGAAAGGGGAUCAGGGAAAUAUCGACCAUCCUGACGAUCACACGGCUCCGAUCCGCCAUAGGAGGGCUGGGAUACCUCAGCCGCAGCCUUGCCAUCGCGCGGGCGUUCGCCAAGGUUCGAGAGGUGGGAGCCGGGAAAGGCAUCAGGGUCAGCCUGCGUGACAGCCCGCUGCACAUGCGCACACUGUCCGACAUGACGGUAAGCUACCAUGGUCUGAUGCUGUUGACAUUCUACGGCACUUUUGUCAUGGGUCUCGAAGAGCAUACUCCCUCUUCUUCUUCCCCUCAGGCGUCAUUAUCUGUCAUCACACCACCCCAGAGCCAUAUAACGCCCCUACUCCGCGUCUUGACCCCAGUCGUAAAAGCGUAUGUGUGCAAGAACAGCAUCCAUCUCAUCUACUCCUGCAUGGAAUCCCUCGGCGGCGUCGGGUACCUCGAGAACUCGGAAACCGAACACUUGAACAUCGCGAGGCUCUUCCGUGACGCAUGUGUGCUGAGUAUCUGGGAGGGCACGACGGAUGUACUGAGUACGGAUUUCGUGCGGGCUCUGAAACAUCCACGAGAAGGAAAGGAGAGUCUGGAGGCUCUCGACUGGCUGGUCAGAAGCGCUACGAAAGACAAAAAUGAUAGUAUACUGGCAAGUUGGAAGCAGACAAAGUGGCAGAUCGAAGCGACGAAGCAGGAAGACUUGAUGAGCUCAGCACGAGAUAUUCUAUGGAAAGUUGCCGAGAUCUUAAUUGCAGUGCUAUACCUUAUGGACACAGCGGUGGAUGGAGAUGGUCGCAUGCAGGAAAUGUGCAGGCUAUUCCUUGCCGGCAAGAGUUUCCUUGACACGCCUGCCUUGAAGGCCACCAAAGACGAGUUGGUGUCGAACCAAUCCAUUGUUUUUGGUCAUGCGGGGAGGUCUUCCGGUCGUAAUGCCAAGCUCUGA